AUCCGUGGGGUAUGCAUCAGUCGCGGGCUGUAUGACUGCUGCGGGCGGCGGCACUGCAAGUUUGACCGGCGGUUUCUUCAGGAGACUGGGUGACCAGACGGUGGCCGGCCGAUCAAGGUCGGCUGGUGUGGCCCCGGGGCAGAGAGGCCACUAUAUAACCCGUCUGCAGCCGGUCAGCCGGCAUCAGAUGAGCCCACAGCCUCCAUCUCCCCACAGCACCAUGAAGAUGUUCGUUGCUUUCCUGCUGGUGGCGGCUGCCUCGGCGGCUCCUCAGUUCGACCCUCAGUUCACCAGCCCCGUCCAGCCCUUCCAGCCGGAAGUCCGCAUUGUCAGCCAGAAGUUUGAGCAGGAUCAGGUUGGAAACUACGAGUACGGAUACCAGCAGGACAACGGACAGCAGGUACAGGAAAUCGGCCGCGUCGCCCCGGGCUCCCAGCCAGAGACCGGAAGCCUGGAGCAGCAGGGCAGCUACGAGUUCAUCGGUGACGACGGCAACACCUACCGCGUCGACUACACCGCCAACGAGGGUGGCUUCCAGCCGCAGGCCGCCCACCUGCCAGUGGCGCCGGCUCAGAUUCCCGAGUACGCCCAGCUGAGGCAGGAGCACCCGGAGCUGUUCUGGGCCGAGAACGGAGGAGCCGUCAUCCAGCAGCAACAGCAGUUUGGUCAGACUCAGCAGUUCUUCUAAACUGAGAUGAUCUGACCUGUGACAAAUAUUCGUGCAAUUAUCAUGUGUGUGCCGGCUUCAUGUUUUAUGAAGCCAAAUAUAUCCCCCAAUGCAUA